AUGAACAGAAGUUCGAUAAUAUUCGAGGAAAAUGAGAAAAAAAAGAGGAAGCUGUCGAUGGAAACACCUAAUUAUGAUGCAAGUUUUUUAUCCAAUUACGUGAAUGAAUAUAGCAUAAAUCACAUUUGCUUCACAGGGGUGGGUGGAAACGAAAUAAGAAGCAACGAUAUAUGUGUGAACGGAAUGGGAAGAAAUCAACAACACACCAAUCAACAGGGAUUAAAUCAAAACCCAUUUGACAAAUACAUUCAAAAUAGGAUGGAAUACACAUCAUCUGACAUGACGAAUAAUUGCAACAAUGUUCAUUUUAAUAAAAAUGUAUUAAUUAAUAGUAUAGAUAUUCUUUUAAAUUUUAUGAAUUACAGCUGUUUGAAUGAAACAAUAAAACAUGAAGUACUUUGUGACAACUUGUUAAAUUUGCGUUUCCACAUCCUUAGUUUAAAUGACGAAAAGUUUAAUCAAAAAAAGAUAACUGAGUACUUUCUAAAAAUGUAG